CUCGAUCCGGACUACCUGGACGCGAUCGCGGACAAGGCCCAGAUCGUGAGGAAGAAGCUGAGAGCACCAGGAUUGGACGACGAAGAUCCCAGACCGUCGGCGCUCGACUGGUCCGAGGCUGACCUGGAUCGUCAGUAUCACUUGAAGGAACUGCGAGACUUCUUGCGUCAAGAUCCUGUCAUGGUGAUCUUGCGGCCAGAGCAGAUCGACAACCCGAAGGGCCCGAUCUCGGCCCCCCGAGUGACGGACAACAAGCUGAUGGCGGUGAAGAACCUGCUCGGGCUGUUGAAGGAAGCCGGCUUCGUGUCUGGCGCCUUUGAAGCGAACGAUCUUUUCGAUCAAGAUCUCGAUAUGAUCCAGACAGCGAUCCAGACAUCGGUCGAUAAGUUGAGACCGUUGGUUGACGUGAUCGCGGACAGUCCGGACCCGAAGGUGCCGGAUCUAGUGUCGCUAGCUCCCGCGUCGCCGCCACGGAUGGAGUCCACUGGGUAUCGAUCGUCGUCUCCUUAUGUCUCCGCAGCGGAACAUGUAUCGGAUACGUCAUCUGAACCUCAACGGAUGUCCCUCGGCCCUUCAGGAUCUGCGAUGUUGGACGCACGAUCACGAAGUCAACGUCAGGAACGCAUGCGACCAGGACCUCGGAAGCAGAAACCCAAGUCGACCGAUCGGACCACCAGUGCUACCGGAUCCGAUGAGUCGAAUGGCAGACUGGAGUCUUACUUUCAGGCUGCGAUGGCUCGCUUUUUAUAA